AUGCAAGAUUAAUUAGAAUUUGGAUAUUGGACUAUUAGAGGAAUUGGUUAACCAUGUAUCCAAUAUUUUAUAUUUAAGUGAGAUAUCUCUUGGAAUAUGUUGAAAUCCCAUAUACCCAGAAGAACUUCAAUAUAGCUGAAUCUGAAUGGUUUGAUUCUGUUGCCAAACCUCCUUUAAAUCAAUAAGUUCUUGCCAAUCUUCCCUACAUUAAAGAUGGUGAUAAAUGGAUUUUUGAAAGUCAAGCACUUUAUAUCUACAUAGCUUAUAGGGCAAAUAGAGCUGAUUUAUUGGGAUCUACAAAUGAAGAGCAGGUUGUUGUAGAAUAAGUCAAAGGAGUCUUAUUAGAUUUAUAUAGAUCAUUUCGAUCCUUAAUUGCUCUUCCAGAAGUAGAUUAUCUAGCUAAGAAAGAUGAAUAUUUCAACACAGAAGUUUUGUGGAUAAUUGAAAAACUCAAUAAAUUUAUUUAAGGGAAGACUUGGGCAACAGGGAAUAAUUUAACCUAUGUUGAUUUCUUUUAGUUUGAAUUGGAAGAAACAUUAGAAGCAUAUAAGCCAGGAAUUUUGGAUCAAUUCUAAAACCUGAGAAAACAUCAUGAUGCCUUUGCUGAAAUUCCAUAAAUCAAGAGAUUCAUUUCUUCAGAAAGAUUUAUUGCUUAACCAUUUUAUCCAAUUAAAAGAUGGAGAUGGUGGUGA